GGUUUAUAAACAUAUGUACUUUGAUAAAAAAAAAUUUUUUUUCGGUUUAUCUGUCCUUUUCAUCAUAACAAAAACCCAGACGAAAAAUUUGCAUUUGUAAUAGAAACACAAAGGCCAACAAAUUUUCCAUAGUUAAUUUGGUAGCAAAAAAUCUUUGGUGCAAUAGAAAUUAAAAAAAAAAACCCCAAAAAAAAGUUGUUAAUUUGCCGGCACAGCGGUAUUGAAAUGAUGUUAUGCAAGCAUUGAAGCUCUUAUAAGCAGGAAGGAAUUUGAAUGAAUUAAUUAAGUGAUUAGAAUGCACUUGGUACCAAAAGGCCUGCCUCGUAACUAAUUACGAAAAGUCAUGAUAUUUAGCCGUAUAAUUUCAAGUAUCAAGCAAAAGUCAAACGUUACACUAAAAGCUUGGAUAUAUCAAUGUGAAUCAAUACUAGCGCAGAGAUCACGGCGUAUACAACAACUGUUUACCUUUUAUCAUCACGUUUAUGGAACGCAAGGUCUUAAAAUAUUAAUAAGAUCAUAUCACCGACAUUUGCCGCCGUUUAAGGGUAAAAAUCUGGUAUUAAGCGCCGCUAGCGUUAUGGGUAUAUCUUUAACAGGCGGUGGCAAUUAUGAUUGGGGACGAGAACGUUUGAGUUUGGCAAAUUUUGAUAAAUGCCAAAGAGAUGUUGAGUUUAUCGAAACAUUGUCAAAGAACAAACUAUGCCCGUUAUGCAAAGAAAAAUCAAUGAAGUACUGUUAUUGCCUGAUAGGAAAUAAAUCGUCAGACGAUUCGGGAAAGCCGCUGAUUUCCUCGUAUCGGGGGGGUGGCGUAGACGGUGUGGAUGGUGGUGCCCUUAUGGGCAAAGCAAUUAUAGAAAGUGAUAGUGUGAAUCCUUGGCAGCCAUAUUUUAGUAAAGAUCAAUUUAGCAUAUGGAAACGAGAAGAGGAAAAGUCCAUGUGCUCCUACAAAGUUUAUGCUAGUUUUAAAGAUAUUUCAGCGGCCGACUUUUUACAUGUGCAAACAGAUUUAGAUUAUAGAAAGGAAUGGGACGAUACGGCAGUGGUAUUGAAAUUAAUUGAAGAAGAUCCAGAUCCUGGAAACAAUUCACAUCUCAUUUAUUGGGAAAUGCAAUGGCCAAAAUUUUUUGCCAAUAGAGAUUACGUAUAUUGUAGACGUUUUAUAACUGACGAUAAACGCAAAGUAAUAAUGAUAGCAAAUCGCGGCACUUGCCAUCCCCGCUAUCCGGAAAUGUCGGGGAAAGUGCGCGUUAAUACAUACUGGAGCUUAAUGGUUAUAAAGCCCUUUCAAGGCUUCCAUGAACCAGGUUUGCAUUAUGUUUUAACAUACUUUGACGAUCCCGGUGUACCCAUACCGCAGGGUAUAAAAAAUUGGGUUACACAAAGACAAAUGCCAGAUUUUCUACAAAAAUUAUAUCAUGCUACGAAGCAAUACUCAUACAGACGGGCAUUAGCAAUGAAGGCGGUAUUCCAUAGCCUCACAAAAAUGAAUAAAGAAUAUUCGGCGAAUGCAUCGCGAGAGAAUUGGCUAAAACGCUUAUGGAGAAAUUCGAAUCAUUCAUUUCCACCAGAUAGCAGCACAGAUGACUAAAUUGCUAUGAAUGAUGGCUAUUUCAAUGGAAAUGGAAACCUUAAAGCUUUCAGUAAUAAAGUAGUUUCAUUCUUAAAUUAAAGAUGCGCGUCUAUAUAAAAUUGCGCUGACAUCUAAUAAGAACAAAAUUGAAUGAGAAAAGAAUAAAAAGUAUGAAAAUAAAGAAAAGUUACUAUAAAAUAUGAGCCCGGAUAUGAAAUACUUAUUUCUGUGCCAGAGACCAUCAUCACCAGAGAUCAUCAUCAUUGUAAGGUACACGUUGAAAUAAUUGCACCUUUACCAAAAACCGAAAAAAAAAAAAUGAAAAGU